GCGACCCACGGAGAGCGGUUCUGGGAAAAUAUACAGGCAGCGAUAGAGGCGUGGAGGCACAUUUCCCCCCUCAUUUGCGGUGUCCUAUUUCGUUGGUGAAGGAUCGUGCGGACAGGCCGUCUCACACUAAGCUAUGGAAUGCUCCCCGCACCCACCAUCACUAGUCUCCAAUCUCCGGACUGAGCUCCAAACGCUUAGUUAGCGGCUGUGCUUCUCCCCUCGAACUCUUUACAACCAGGGGAAGAAGAAAAAGGAGCAGACUUGGCUUAAAUCCUCCGCUAAAAGCGCACAGAGCACUUCUUUUUGAAAGAAAAAAGAAUUAUUUAAGCUAUUUUUAUUUUUCUCCACUUGGAUUUUUUUUUUUGAAAUCGUAUCAAGAUGGAUAUGGAGGCGUAUCUAUGGAUGGUCAUCCUCGGCUUCAUCAUCGCCUUCGUGCUGGCCUUCUCGGUGGGCGCCAACGACGUGGCCAACUCCUUCGGCACGGCGGUGGGCUCCGGCGUGGUCACACUGAAGCAGGCGUGCAUCCUGGCGUCCAUCUUCGAGACGCUGGGCUCCAUGCUGCUGGGGGCCAAAGUGGGGGAGACCAUCCGGAAGGGCAUCAUAGACGUCAACCUGUACAACGAGACUGUGCCCGUGCUCAUGGCGGGGGAGGUCAGCGCCAUGGUCGGGUCGGCCGUGUGGCAGCUGAUCGCCUCCUUCCUCAAGCUGCCCAUCUCCGGGACUCACUGCAUCGUCGGCGCCACCAUUGGCUUCUCCAUGGUGGCCAUCGGCACCAAGGGCGUGCAGUGGAUGCAGCUCGUCAAGAUUGUGUCGUCGUGGUUCAUCUCCCCUUUGCUCUCUGGACUCAUGUCCGGACUCCUCUUCCUGCUAAUCAGACACUUCAUCCUCAGCAAGGAUGACUCCGUCCCCAACGGGCUGCGAGCGCUGCCCCUCUUCUACGCCUCCACUAUCGGGAUCAACACGUUCUCCAUAAUGUACACUGGAGCCCCGCUGCUCGGGUUGGAGAUGCUACCAGUGUGGGCCAUCUUCCUCAUCACUUUAGCUGAGUCACUGAUCUGUGCAGCUCUGGUCUGGUUUAUUGUCUGUCCCUGGAUGAGGAGGAAAAUAGCAAGUCGCCUAAAGAAGGAGCAGGCUCUCUCCAGGAUCUCCGACGAGAGUCUGGACAAGAUCCCUGAAGAGGAGGAGGAGAGCCCCGUCUUCAAGGAGCUGCCGGGGGCCAAGGGCACGGACGAGGCCGUGCUGCCACUCACUGGGGGAAGCGGCGAUCGGAGCACCCGCGAGUCCAGCGGAGAGCUCUCCAACCUGGCUAAUGGAGGCAACAUCCUGCCAAAUGGCAGGGUGUACGGCCGGACCCACUCGAUGACCAACGGCUGCCUCAAGUCCCCCAUCGCCAAUGGCAGCUUCAGCUUCGACGGCCACAUGCGAAGCGACGGCCAGGUGUACCACACCGUGCACAAGGACUCGGGCCUGUACAAGGACCUGCUCCACAAAAUCCACCUGGGCCGCAUGGACGACAGCGACCGCUCGGGCUCCAACGCCGGCCCGCCGGACAACAACUACCGCCUGCUGCGGCGCAACAACAGCUACACCUGCUACACGGCGGCCAUAUGCGGCAUGCCCGUGCAGCCGCUCAUCCGCUCGGAGUCCCGCGACGACAGCGAGAAGCUGGUGGGGGAGGGCGGGGCGCGGAGCAACAGCGUGUCCUACACCAAGAAGAGGGUGCGCUACGACAGCUACUCGUCGUACUGCAACGCCGUGGCAGAGGCGGAGAUCGAGGCGGAGGAGGGCGGGGUGGAGAUGAAGCUGGCCACGGAGCUGGAGGGGCUGGACGAGGAGGGGGCCCCCGCCCCCGUGCCUCUGGACGACUUGGCCGAAGAAGAUCAUGAGGAGAAGGACAAGCCCGAGGUCUUCCUGCUCUUCCACUUCCUGCAGAUCCUCACCGCCUGCUUCGGCUCCUUCGCCCACGGAGGCAACGACGUCAGUAAUGCGAUUGGGCCCCUGGUGGCGCUGUGGAUGAUCUACGACCAGGGCGGCGUGAUGCAGGACGCCGCCACCCCCAUCUGGCUGCUUUUAUACGGCGGCAUUGGCAUCUGUGCCGGCCUGUGGGUGUGGGGCCGCCGCGUCAUCCAGACCAUGGGCAAAGACCUGACUCCCAUCACCCCCUCAAGUGGAUUCACUAUUGAGCUGGCCUCUGCACUCACAGUGGUGUUUGCUUCCAAUAUCGGAAUCCCAGUCAGUACCACGCACUGCAAGGUGGGCUCGGUCGUGGCCGUGGGUUGGAUCCGCUCCAAGAAGGCGGUGGACUGGCGCCUCUUCAGGAACAUCUUCCUGGCGUGGUUCGUCACGGUGCCCGUGGCCGGCCUGUUCAGCGCCGCCGUCAUGGCCCUGUUCGUCUACGGCAUCCUGCCCUAUGUCUGAGGUCGCACCGCUGGGAGGGAGGAUGGAGGACGGAGGAGGAAGAAGAGAGAGUCAGAGAGAGAGAGAGAGAGAGGGGGACACUUGGGUAAAAAAAAUCAUAGCUCGAGAGUCAAAGAAGAAGGGGGAGAACGAAGCGAGGGAAAGGGUGAGGGAGGGGAGAGAGGAAGCGUCAGAGGUUUUACAGCCGGACUGGGUUGUCCUGUGGAUGUGAGGAGGGUUGGUUCAUAUGCUGCCUGGCUCCGUAGUCCAGAGAUCUCUUUUUGACUCACUUGGGUUUCUGAUCGGUUCGUAUUUAUUAUUUUCUUUUGGGUGCAUAAGAAAUCAGCAGCCGACAUGUUUCACCCUUACCAUUCAAUCGGCUGUGACGUUAAUGGGGAGAUUUCCAGUAACUCUUUUCUGUCUCGUCAUAAAAAAAAAAAAAAUUAAAAGAAAUCAUGAGUUCUAAAAAAAACAAAAAGACUGCGCACCUAAACUGCAGUAAAACUAUAAUCGUUCUACCAGCAAUCCCAGGUAGCAUAGUCGGUCAAGUGCUCAUUAUUACUGUUCCAAAAUGCCAGAAAAAAAACAAACCCUGUACAUAUUGUUGUAUUGGAUUGAGUGUGAUCUGUUGUAUUGCGGCUUUGCUUUAAAGUAAAAAAAAACAAAACAAGAAGAAAAGAUGUGUUAGUGGUAUACCAACCCAUCCAUCAUCUCACGCUAGCCAGAUACAACUAGGGCCAAAUGGAGCGGACGCCUCAGAGAGAGGGGUGGUGGGACUGUCACUCUGCUUUUCUUUUCCCCCACAUGAUACCACAGAAACCUGAUUUGCUAAAAAAAAGUUGAUUUUCUUUUUUUUUGUCAAGAGCUCCUGUAUGUUUUUAGAGAUGGAUCUCAUAUUUUUUAAUGAUGUAAUAUACUGUAAUUUGUACUGUAAAUACUGUCCUUAAAGAGUUUUGGGAGGGGGGGAGGGGAUCAAGGUUUGUUUUAACGUAGAAAGUAAGGAAGGGGCUCUUCAUGAUGUCAUAUUAUAAAGUGUGCUUUAUCCCAGAGUACACACACACACACACACACAGACACAUACACUAAAAGAACACACACAGGCUGCGGUUUUUGCAGAAACGGUUUUCAGAAGUGUGUUCAAUUUUUUUUUUUUAACGGUAUUUAAAUGUAAAUCAAUGAACCCAUUCUCAGCAGAGAAAAGUGGAGCUAUUUCAUUCCUUCUGAUUUUAUCACAUCAGUAUUGGCAGAGAGUUCUUCAGAUAAAGGUUUUCUUCUAAGUAAAAUGUUAAGGUACAUUUAAGAUGCCGAUAUUUAAGAGAUUUCAAGCUAAAUGAGGUUUAGGUGCUGCAGAGACAACAAAAUAAAAAAACACACCGUCAAGGUCCCGUAAAAUGUUCACAUAUCUUCAUCCAUUUGCCUUUUGUUUUCAUAUAAAAAAAGUUACUGGAGUCAUAUUUCUCAUAUCGAACGCUCCCAGCCAAUGACGGACCUCCACACCGUCCACGUUGUGGUCUCUCAAGAUCAAACGCUUUGUAUCAUGUAUAACUCAGCCAGUUAAUGCAGUGGUGGACAGAAGUGGGAUUCAAACCCUCGGCCCACACGUGUAGCUCCUCAAACUGGGCAGGUUGUUGUUGUUGUUUUUUGAAGUCUAGAAGCGUUUUUAGUUCGUUGAUCACCUGCGUUUCAAUCCAAGUGCUAAAGGUUAGGGAGAUAUCAUGAAGCCGCUCUGUGCACAGAAAUCUCACAAAGACUUUUUGUCUUCAGAUCAUUAUUUUUGAAUGAAGCGGGUAUCAGGGGGUUAGUACUGAUCAUCACCAGCUUUUUAACAAGGUCUAAAGGUUUUCUUUUUUAUUUGAACAAACUCUAUGCCAGGUGUUGCAAGGUCUCCUUUUUUUCUUUUUCUUUUUUGUUCUUCUUGUGGUGUGUUUCUCUAAUGUCAUUUUUUUUUUUUCUUCUUUUUUUUUCCUUUCUCAUGAACAAAUCUAUGCUUAAGUAGCCACUUGCCUUGUAACAUUGUGUUUUACUUUGUGCAGAUACGGUCAAAUAAUGAAGUACUGUGGUGUUUACAUCGUAACCAUAUUGUAGAGUAUCUGGAAUAAAUAAAAACCGUUGCCUAAUGAUGCCAAUGAAAGACGGAACUAUUAACCAUGAAUUUUUGUUUAAGUGCAAGUAAAAACAUAAAUAACCUGAAGUGUCUAGAGAGAGAGAGAGAGAGAGAAUAGAUGACCCGUUUAUUUGUUGUAGUAGUAGUACUUCUAAUCAUGAUCCCUGUCACUUUACACUGCUACUACAAUGCGUUGACACUACAUGUGUGGGUGCAGCUGAGUUGUGAAGAGAGUGACUGGAGAAAUCUCAUUAAGACUAUAUAUAUUUUUCUACCAUAUCUGAGUUUUAACCUGGGUGAGCUUCCGGAACACUGUGGAGUACAAAUCGUGGGGUCGGGCGGGAAAGCGGGAGAACCGGGACUAGUUUUGGGAUAAGAGCUCCGAGAUAUCAAGAGACGGUCUUAAUGCUAGAGCGUCUCGCUAGUGCCAUGUGUCACGCUUCCUCCGAGCCCAGUGCGUUCUUCUAACUUCUAUGUAGAUUGACGUGUCGGUUGCCAAUAGAUCAGAAUUUUAAAGAAAAUUACCAUUUUUAUUUUUUGAAUUUUUAGAUGGAAAAACACUUUGUAAUUUUGUUUCCCUGCCGCUUUUGAUCGCCAGCUGCGAAGGCAAAGUCUCUGUAGCUUGAGACUUUUAAAUCUUCAACUUGGUAACUGAUAACUUGUCUGUGAGGACAUUUGUUUCUUGUUUCGACAGGAAACCACUCUUGAAGCUCAUACCAUUUUCGCUCUUCACUCGGGGCGUGUGUUACACGGGGGUGAGGCUGCAAGGAGCUGGUGGGUUCAAAUUUGUUCAGUUAAAAAACUUGUUAAAUGCCAACAAAAUAAUAUUUAUUCAGGUUUAAAAUACCUAGCUACGUUCCAAAUCCAAAUUUUAACUUUAAGUAUGUAUGUCAGCUGCCCUUACAAAGUACCUACUCUUGCAUGCAGUAUGCAGUAAAUUGGGAAACACUACGUCAAAACAUUGCACCUUUUAACUUUGAGCAUCUUGCUCAUAUACCCGCUCUAGAGAGGAUUGUGGGUCAGAAAAGUAUGCAUUCUGCAAAGUGCCACCAGAUGGUGUAGGACAUCCUGGUAUUUAUGGCAGACUGCCUCUGAUAUACUAUGUAUUGGGACAGACUACAUUUUUAUUUCUGGCAUACAAAGUAGUAUAGUAGUAGCGGUAUUGGAACAGGCAGAAUAUGUUGCCGUCUAGAACAGUAGUAGAAGCCCAUUGAACUUUCAUAUUUCAGCUAAUGAACGUUUACUCUAUGGCUAACCAUAUUGUCUGGCUGCAGCUGGUGGACAUUAAGUUGCGUAAACAAUGAAAUGAGACAGAGUCCACUCUUCCUCAUGUCGGAUUAUGAGGUUUGACUGGACUGAGGUCAGCCUGCAGGCUUCAGACAUCUGGUUUGUGCCGCAUCACCAGGCUCUUGCAGGCCUCCCCGCCGUUUGUAACUCACGCUGUUAUUUAUUUAUUUUUUGUGUAUUUCCACUCAUUCUCAGUCCUGAUAGGCCAAAAGGGACGCACUGCUCCAGAUGGGGAGGGGAAAGUGAAAAUGAUCUUCUGGUGACAACCUUAAACUCAUCCGAUUGUAACGGCUCAAACUGUCACAUGUCAAAUUUGAAUGAAAGUAACUAAUGCUAAUGAAAAGUGUUAAAGUAGCAUUGCUAAUCAUAUGUUAAAGCUCCUGAAAACUUGUUUUUCUAAUAUUCAGUAUUUCUUUAUGGAAAUAAGUAAAGAUCAUUUGAUUUUAAAGUUACAUCAUAAGUGUCAUUUCUUAAAAGUUGAAUGCUGGAAAGUCAGCUAAUCUGGUUUUACCAACAACCCAGCAACUGUCAUCACAUGAUUCAAAUGUUGGUGCGCGAAAAACAUGUGACAUCACCUUUUUUUUUCACCAGAGCCACGCCCACUUCAAACCAGUAUGGGCGCCAAAAACUAUAUUUGUCAUGUGAAAAAAUGAAAACUUUUCUGGCUUUGACGGAAAAUGAUGUAUUAAAAAUGCUGGACACAAUUGUUCAUAGUAAGAUUGAAAAAAAAAUAAAGUUUUCAGGGCCUUUUGAAUGAGUCAGAACCCUUUGAGUCUAAAUAUUUAUAUUUUAUGAAUUAUGGAUAAAAAUCGUUAAGCUGAAAGCCAAUAAUUCCGAUGGUUGUGCGGCUAAAAUUCAGUGACAAUUGUUUACGAAUUGCUUUGGUACGACUAUGACCGCAGCCACCAGAUGGCCGGGUCCAACACUUUUCCCCUCCCCGUAGAGAGGGACAGCAUUUUCGGUAUGAGACCGACGAGCGGUGCGACUGUUGUUUAAAGGGGGUCGCUGCGCUUCUAUGGCGUUCAAACCGUUUUUCAUGACCUCGUCGUAGAGAAACAGAAGGUGCCAUUUAUUUCUCCCUGAAUUGUUCAAUACAAGCAGUUUCUUGCGAAGGUGCAACUACAUCGCUGUCACUCCGUGGUCGCGUAGCUCCACCUGCCCCCCCCUCCCUCGGGUGGUGUAAUAGCGCCCUCUCCUGUUCGUAUUGGAAACCAGCACCCACCUCACAAGAGGUGGGGGGACAUCAAUUCAGACACUCAUCUGGAUGUGGCGUGCUGUCUCUAGUGUUCUGGUCCGUCUUGUAAUAGAAUGUGCUCCUUGGCUGGCCUGCAGGCUUUACAAGCUCUGUGUUGUCUUUUUACUGUUUACUGCUAUCUUAACUGUCCGGUCCUUCAAAGGUUAAAAAUAAUAAUAAUAAUCGAAUGAGUAAAAAAAAUCUAAAGAAAAUGUAGCCUGCUUCUACAAAAUCUUAAAGCUCUUCUGAUUUGCAUAUAUCGUACUGUAAUGUUUUAUUUAAGAUUUUAGUGAGUAAAAAAAAAAAAAUGUCUGCAUUUAAACUAAAUUAUGGGAAUUAAAAUUACAAAGAAUACCUGAA